CAUGAUCGCACGCCCUCGACCAUUGUACAUAUUGUAGCUUCCACUUCAUACUAUACCCCAAGCUCGACAAAGGGACGCGAUUACAAUGCGUUCGCUGCGUACGUGAGCUAACUUGUUUACGAAAAGCCUCGCGCAGGAAGCAUGCCGUUGAACAAUACUAAGGCGGCUGCAUGUUUCGGGUGGUGCUGUGUGAACCGCUGAUGCUCGGUCUUUCUUAUGCGUUCUCGUAUCUCUCAUAGGCGUCGGCGUAACAUUUCUUUCCCACAGAGACGCAGCAUGGCCGCUCAGAAUAACCAAGAACAUACGCUUGGCAACCUUCUGAGGGAGAAGGCACGAAUCGUUGAAAUUGACGGAGAGGAAGGCUUCGACUAUGCUGAGCACGACACAAACGAGCUGAAUGGUGUUCCAUUCCCUGGUAGCCAUCUCAAGCAAACAGUCACUGGAGUCUCUAUCGUGCCACACUACCUUCAAACCGCCACGCGGAACCUCGUCCAUGACGACUUGCAAACUGUCACCUCAGAGACCCAGGCUAAAACGACAGCGGAGUGCUUACCCUACGUCACCGGCAAGGAUACGCAAGGCCUCGCACUAAACUCACACGGUCUGCCGCAUCUCCGCCGCAAAGCUCACGCUGAGUAUCUGCGAGGCUUUCUGGGCGAGCUUCCUGCCGGCUAUGCGGCUAUGGACGCCAGUCGUCCCUGGCUCUUCUACUGGUGCAUCGCCGGACUCUCAUUUCUCGGCGAAGACGUUAGCGAGUACCGCGAACGGCUUAUGGAGACGGUACGACCUUUGCAGAACGCAUCUGGUGGGUUCGGCGGCGGACACGGACAGUUCAGUCACUGUGCUUGCUCUUACGCCACCAUUCUAGCGCUCACGGCCGUGGAAGGGUUAGAAGUGGUUGACCGCAAAGCAAUGUGGCACUGGCUAGGUCAGGUCAAGCAGGCAGAUGGUGGGUUUCGAAUGGCUGUCGGUGCUGAGGAAGACAUUCGAGGCGCCUACUGCGCGAUGACCAUCAUCACUUUGCUCAAUCUCCCGCUUGAACUACCACCAGAAGCUCAUGCAAGAGGGGCUGGUCUGCAAACUUUCACGGAUCGGCUUGGCGAGUGGGUUGGUCGUUGUCAGACUUUCGAGGGAGGUAUAGCUGGCGCUCCCACGAAUGAAGCGCAUGGCGCAUACGCAUUUUGUGCCUUGGCUUGUCUUAGCAUCUUGGACACUCCACAUGUUAGCAUUCCGCGGUACCUUGACACACAAGCCUUGGUUCGCUGGCUAGCAAGCAUGCAAACCGUUGCUGAGGGCGGCUUCGCUGGCCGUACGAACAAGCUGGUGGAUGCUUGCUACAGUCAUUGGGUAGGUGGAUGUUGGUCGCUACUUCAGGCUGCUUUCUCGCAGUCGUCUGCGACUCGCGAUGAUUUUGCAGCCGUCACUGAGCUCGAACCGAGCGAGCUCUGGAAUCCAGCGGCUCUGAUCCGUUAUCUGCUUACCUGCUGCCAGCAGCCGGGCAAGAAGGGCGGCAUGCGCGACAAGCCGUCCGCAAGGCCGGACGCAUACCACACUUGCUACUCACUCUCCGGGCUGUCAGCCGCACAGAACCUAUACAUUUAUGAGAACGGCAUCACCGUAGACGCGGAGUCUGGACGUCUCACUGCAGCCUUCAACUGGCUGGCGCAGAGAUUGUCACCCGGCAAGGCGAUGCAGGAGCUGGGCAUUGAUGAGCACGAUGUCGUGGAGUGUGUACAUCCAGUCUUCGUCGUGACCUUUGACGCCGUCAUGCGAGCAAAAGAACAGUUUGCGAAGGGCGGGCUCUGAGCGGUGUCAAGCGAUCGACUUGAAGUGAACUAUCAUGGUCCCAACCUCGAGCUCCGUGGGGCGGCUGUACGUGACAUAAUGGUCAUUGACGUGGGCUAUCAAAACAAGUUUGCGCCAAUUGCGUCCCUUCUUCAAAAAUAUUUACUGGUUCAGUAAAUCUGCUUACCCAUCGGCUC